UACACACACAUUUCACCGCUGAUGUUUCGAGCAGCAGGAAACGUUAUCUGCGUGUGAGGCGGCUGAUGAGGAAAGCAUGGCCCUUAACGCAGAUGAAGACUUUGAAUGGGAACCUCCCUCCGAGGCGGAGAUGAAGGUGAUUCAGGCUCGACGGGAGCGGCAGGACAAGAUAAGCAAGCUGAUGGGAGACUAUCUGCUGAAGGGAUAUAAGAUGCUGGGGGAUUGCUGUGAGCUGUGUGGGACAAUUCUGCUACAAGAUAAGCAGAAGAAAUAUUACUGUGUUGCUUGUCAAGAGCUGGACUCCGACGUCGACAAGGACAACCCAGCUUUGAAUGCCCAGGCAGCCUUGUCACAGGUAAGAGAGCGUCAGCUUGCGAGUCAAUCUGUCCCUGAAUCGAACGGACCCUCAUCCAGCGAACCCCCUCUGUCCAUCACGGGCCAGCCCAGGCCGGAGCACUGCGAGGGGGCCGCGUCUGGACUAAGAGGUCCCCUUCCCACCGCUCAGUCCACUCCUGUUUCUGCCCCCCCUGCCAGCGCAAACUUCCUACCACCUGCAAACCCUUCUGUCCAGACUACACCUCCUUCAGGGUCCUUGGGUAACACCCUCCAGCACGCAGCCUUGUCGAGCGCAGAAGAGGCAGUGCUACACAAACUCAGAUGGGCCACGCAGGAGCUCCAGCACUCUGCGUCAGUUGAGGCCAGUAUUCAGCUCUGCAAUCUCAUCCGAGGCUGUGCCGAAUCCCUGCGUAGCUUGAAAGAGCUGCAGCUCUCUUAAGACUGAACUAAAAUCAGGGCUGUAACAGCACACACGCAUAUAAAAGGAAAUAUGAACAGCACAUAUAUAGUAACGUACUCAAUGGAGCGUUUCAGUUGUGUUUGUUCCAAAGCAGCAUGUGCUUGCUGUUUUUUUCUUUCAUGAUGUCUUCCCCAUUUCUUUAUGAAAUCCAUAUUUUCUGAAAGCACUGAAUUGACCGUUGUGACAAUGUUACAACAGUGGCACUAUUUUGGUGCUAUGAGCAGACUGCGUCCUCCUGUCCCUUUCGUCGUCUGCAUACGUCAUAAGGAUGUCUCAUUUCAGAAUAGUAACUAUUAUAAAAUUGACUGUUAUUCGUAAUGUUUUAAUGACUUUGGAAUGUUGUGGUCAGUUUACUGAAAUGAAGCAGCCUCGAUGUAUACAGACGUUUUGUUUUGUUUUUUCCGCUGCCCUGCAUCUGGUGUUUUUAAAACUAAAAAAAACCUGACGGGCCCUUAAGAGGCCAGUCACAUAGAACAUGUUUUUGCAUUGAAAAAAGUGAUAUGCACUUAAUGGAAUGGGGAAAACCUGUUUUUGCCUUCCACUACGGCGCUUUUCUAUCGUUUUUCUUUGUAAAGCAAUAGACAGAAGUGACCAUUGUGCUAGUGCUAAUAAAGUUCAACUUUUAAAAAAAG